GCGAGAAGAAAAAUUUCACACCUGAAGAAAUUUCUUCCAUGAUUUUGGUAAAGAUGAAGGAGACUGCAGAAGUUUACCUUGGUACAAAAGUUACUAGUGCCGUAAUUACUUCACCAGCUUACUUUAAUGACUCUCAACGUCAAGCUAUAAAAGAUGCCGGUUUAAUCGCCGGUUUAAAUGUACUUCGUAUAAUUAAUGAAGCAACCGCGGCAGCUAUUGCUUAUAGUUUGAAAGAGAAUUUUUGUGGUGAACGAUACGUUCUGAUCUAUGAUUUAGGUGGUGGUUCUUUUGAUGUCUCCCUCCUAGGUAUCGAACAAGGAAUUUUUGAAGUAAUGUCCGUUGCAGGUAACACACAUCUUGGCGGUAAAGAUUUCGAUAACCGCCUUGUGAAUCAUUUCGUACAAGAAUUCAACCUAAAAUAUAAGAAGGAUCUUGCAACGAAUGCACGUGCUCUCCGUAGAUUAAGGACAGCUUGUGAACGCGCAAAACGUGAACUUUCAUCAUCAUUAAAAGCUUCCAUAGUAAUUGAUUCUCUUUUCGAGGAUAUCGAUUUCUAUACCUCCUUAACACGUGCAAAAUUUGAAGAAUUGAAUCAAGACUUGUUCCAGUCUACACUGGAACCUGUUGAAAAAGUAAUUCAAGAUUUUAAAAUCGACAAAAGUCAAAUUCAUGAAAUCGUUUUAGUUGGUGGUUCAACACGAAUUCCUAAAAUUCAAAAGAUGGUAUCUGAGUUUUUUAAUGGUAAAGAACUAAAUAAAUCUAUUAAUCCUGAUGAAGCAAUGGCUUGUGGUGCCGCCAUUCAAGCUGCUAUUUUAUCUGGUGACACUUCUGAAAAAACUCAAAAUUUACUUUUACUCAAUGUUGCUGCUUUAUCUCUUGGAAUUGAAACUUCUGGUGGUGUCAUGAAACCGCUUAUUAAGCGUAAUACUACAAUACCUACGAAGAAAUCCGAAAUCAUUUCAACAGAUCUUGAGAAUCAAUCAGAAAUGCUUAUUCGAAUUUAUGAAGGUGAACGUGCCCGUACUAAAGAUAAUAAUUUGCUUGGAGAGUUCGAAUUGACCGGAAUUCUUCCAGCACCAAAAGGUGAUCCACAAAUCGAAGUCAUAUUUGUUAUUGAUGCAAACGGCAUCUUAAACGUAUCUGCUGUUGAUAAAACUACUGGACGAUCGAGUAAGAUAACCAUCACGAAUGACAAAGGUCGAUUGUCAAGGGAAGAAAUCAGGCUUAUCGAAGCCGAGAAAUAUCGUGAAGAUGAUGAGAAAAUUGCACAAAAAAUACAGGCACUAAAUCAUUUGGAAAGUUAUACAUAUAACUUACGUAACACACUUCACAAUGAAAAGGUUGCUGGUAAUCUUGACCUAGCAAGCAAGAUAAAACUUGAAGAUGCAAUUCAAAAGUCGAUUACAUGGCUUGAAAAUAACCAAGAUGCUAUGAGGAACGAAUAUGAUUAUAAACAAAAUUUAAACCGUGAAAAAGGUCAUUCAUUUUUAGCGAUCGAAUUGAAGUAA